CGGAGGUUAAGCCCCAAGCACCAAAGCAAUGAGUGGUGGCAAGAAGAAGUAAUGGUUGGUUGUGGAGCACUGAUGAUGGCCUGACGACGGUUGUCGGCCUUUCUCCUUUGUUGGCUUUUGUGUGUGCCUUGGUCUUGUUGUUCCCUUGAUGUACUUACUUGGCUGAGUACUUGUAUCGGUUGCCGGUGUUCAACGAUCAUUUUCUCAUCGACUUCAUCUCAAGCCAACAAGCAAGCAAGCAAGCAAGAAGGAAUCCACCAAGCCCUCGGCUCGCCUCUUUGAACCUCACCUCACACCCCAAGAACACUCAAGAUGGACGACAGCGCUAUGAAGAUCACCCAGGAGAGCUGGGCCAUGGUUGAGCGGGAGAUCCCCAACUGGACCGACAUCUUCUAUGACAAGAUGUUCUCCGACCCCAACAUUGCCAAGCUCUUUCCCUUCUCCGCCGGCGACUUCAAGACCAACGAGAAGUUCCAGACGCACACGCAGAAGGUCCGCGACACCAUGCACACCGCCAUGACCAGCAUCCGCGAGUUUGAGAAGCUCGGCCCCGUCCUGAAGAAAAUGGGCGAGCGUCAUGCCGACUACGGUGUCAUUCCCGAGCACUCUGUCAACUUCAAGGAGGCCUUCCUGCACACCCUCAAGACCGGCUACGGUGACAAGUGGAACGAGGACCUCGAUGACGCGUGGAACCAGUGCGUGGAUGCUCUGUUGGAGCCCUUUGAGGACGGCCUGAACGAAGCCCUCGCCGCCAAGAACCAGUAAACGGGUAGUCACACCCCCACCCGCCACGUUGUUCGCCUGCGGCUAAUACCUGUUAUUGCAGACUUGCAAGACACCCGUUUCGGGUGAUAGCACACGAGGGAGGCACCUUUUCUUGUUCUCUCCUCCCUCUUUGUUGUCUUUUACGCUCUUCUUCGCUCUCGUCCUCUCUUCUUCUCCUUGAUCCCUGCUGCUCCCCAGCGGUUCGUUCCUUUGCUACGUUUGCCACGUCGAUGGGUUGCUCAACAAAAGGAACAGUAGUAAACGAAUAGCCACACAUCGACACACAAGCGAGAUACAUGUCGAAUGCAUGGGAGAGUCGUGUGUGGUUGCUGAGCGCAAGAAGGGAAGAAUGCAUAUGUGGAUGUUGUUGAGGG